AUGAUGGACAAUCUGAUUGAAAUCAAAAAUCUGACGUUUUUUCGUGGCGAGCGCAUGAUUUUCGACAACAUGUCCCUGGAUGUGCCCCGCGGUAAAGUGACUGCGAUUAUGGGACCAAGCGGCACGGGUAAAACCACAUUGCUGCGCAUCAUUGGCGGCCAGUUGAAACCUGAUGAUGGGGUGGUGCUGGUCAAUGGUAAAGACCUCUGUCAGAUGAGCCGUGAUGAACUGUUGGCGUUUCGUCGUAAUCUCGGCAUGUUGUUUCAGAGUUCAGCGUUGUUCACUGACUUGUCAGUUUUUGAGAACGUGGCGUUUCCCAUGCGCGUUCACACGAACUUAUCGGAAGAAUUGAUUCGUGAUCUGGUGUUGAUGAAACUUAACGCCGUAGGUUUGCGGGGUGCACGAGAUCUUGCGCCAUCAGAGUUGUCCGGUGGUAUGGCCAGACGCGUCGCGCUGGCGCGAGCCAUCGCUCUGGACCCGGACCUGAUGAUGUACGACGAACCGUUUACCGGUCAGGACCCCAUAGCCAUGGGUAUGCUGGUCGAUUUGAUUCGCCAGCUAAACGUGGCGUUAGGUAUUACCAGUUUGCUGGUUUCCCACGACAUACACGAAACAGUCAGUAUUGCCGACCAGAUCUACAUUAUCGCGGAAGGUAAAGUUAUUGGUGCGGGUUCGCCCGAAGAAUUGAGGGACGGCUCGACGCCAAUGGUGAAACAGUUCAUGCAUGGGGAUAAAGAAGGUGUGCGCUUUCUGGAUUUUCUCAGUUCGUUGGGCCGUGCCAGUAUUUUGUGGUUUCGCGCAAUGGCGGGUCUGCCGAGGUGGGGCGACGUCGCCCUGGUAGUCAAACAGAUCUACAAUGUCGGCUUCAUGUCGCUGAUCAUCAUUGUGCUUUCAGCCUUUUCUAUCGGCGCGGUUCUGUCUCUGCAGUUUUAUACGCAACUCGCUCGCUUUGGGGCGCAGGAUGCAACUGGGGUGGGCUUAGCUCUGGUGUUGCUUCGUGAGCUGGGUCCGGUGGUCACCGCACUACUUUUUGCGGGUCGCGCAGGCUCGGCCUUAACCGCAGAAAUCGGUUUGAUGAAAACCACUGAACAGCUGUCCAUUAUGGAGAUGAUGGGCGUUGAUCCGCUGCGACGCAUCGUUGCGCCUCGGAUAUGGGCGGGAUUAUUAAGUUUGCCGCUGCUGACCGCCAUUUUCAGUAUGGUUGCCGUUUAUGGUGGGGUUGUGGUUGCAGUUAACUGGUUAGGCGCCGACCCAGGAGGCUUCUGGUCUGGCAUGCAGGACGGCGUUGAGCUCUGGGAGGACCUUGGAAAAGGUAUGGUAAAAAGUCUGGUUUUUGCUUUGCUGGUGACCUGGGUAGCAGUGUUUCAGGGUUAUGAUGCGCCGCCCACGGCGGAAGGCAUGUCCAUGGCCACCACGCAAACGGUUGUGAUUUCGUCGGUACUGGUACUGGCUGUUGGUGGCUUUGUGCUUGCUGGGGUGAUCGGGCUCGUGUUUUUAGCCGUUCAAGUUAGUGGUGUUGGAGAGUUGGGUGAGCGAGACAGCUAUAUGAUUCAGGCCCGAUUUGAUGACGUAGCCGGGCUGCGUCAAAGGGCAAGGGUCAGUAUGGCGGGUGUGACCGUGGGUCGGGUGAAAGAAAUUGAUGUGGAUAUGCAGUGGGGUGAUGCCAUUGUCACCCUGGAAAUCAUGGGUGAGCCGGGCAACCUCACCAUCGACACCGGCGCAAAAAUUCUGACCGAUGGUGUUGUCGGAGUAGAAACAGAAGCUAUGUCGACACAGGCAGAUGCCGGCUUGCUGGCCAUUACCCAAGCGCUUGCCUCAGAAACUGCGGAGCAGGCAGUGGAGCUUGCAACGGUUGAGGUAUUGGCUUUUGUUGAACGAGGGCGGGACUACGCGGAAGAGGAUGCCGAACGGUUCUAUAAAGAAGGCGAAGCAUUAUUGCGCCCGAUGAUCGAUUUCAAACGAUUUUCCCGCAACGUGAUGGGCCCUUAUGCGCGCAAAGCCACCGCGGAACAAUUGGAAACGUUUUCCGAAUCGUUUAAGUGGAGUCUGGUCCGCACAUAUGCGCUGGCCAUGCUUGAAUUUGGCGACGGUGAGGCCACAGUCCUGCCGCCGCGUAAACCCAGCAGUAAUCCUGACCUUGCCAACGUAACCCAGGAAAUUAACUAUGAAGGUAAAACCUAUGUGGUUGUCUACCGCAUGCGCAGAGGUAAAGAGGAUCGUCUCUGGAGCGUCCAGAAUCUGGUUGUGGAAGGGGUGAACAUCGGCCUGAACUACAAAUCACAAUUCACUUCGGCCAUGAAGGAUCCAAAGUUCAAUGGUGAUCUGGAUGCGGUUAUUGCGUCCUGGAGUGAAUUUGUUGAGGCUGAGCAGCCUGCUGAAAGUGAUGAGGUUGACCUGAACGAUGCUGAACGUCUGAAACUACUGGGGCUGGAUAUCAUCAACAGCCAGUUAAGAAUUAUCACCAUGCAAGAAGAAAUCAGAGCGCUGCUCGCUGGCGCCUUCAGCGACGCCGAAAUCGACCUGAACCUGGACGGCAAUCGUGCUAAAAACUCCACUCUGCCCAUUCUGGCCGGCACCCUCCUGACUGAUGAGCCCGUGCUGGUUCGUAAUGCGCCUCACCUCCACGAUGUAACAACCAUGAUCGAGCUGCUCGGCACGCUGGGUGCGCAGGUUGUGAUUGAUGAGAAGUUGAAUGUGGAGGUCUGUGCCAACAACCUAACUCAGCUUUGUGCGCCUUACGAGCUGGUCAAGACGAUGCGUGCAUCUUUCCUUGUGCUGGGCCCUCUGCUGGCAAAACAUGGCCGGGCACAGGUUUCGCUGCCUGGUGGCUGUGCGAUUGGUUCGCGGCCGGUAGACCAACACUUGAAAGGCCUUGAGGUAUUGGGUGCUAAGGUUUCGGUAUCAGAUGGCUAUGUCUAUGCCGAUGCACCGGACGGUCUAGUCGGCGCUGACGUCUAUAUGGACCUGGUCACUGUCGGCGGUACCGAGAACCUCAUGAUGGCGGCCUGCCUUGCCAGCGGAACAACGCGGCUGCAAAACGCAGCCCGAGAACCGGAAAUAGUGGAUCUUGGCAACUUUCUCAACACGCUGGGCGCUCGAGUUAAGGGUCAUGGUACAUCAACGAUUGAGAUACAGGGCGUUGCUAAAUUACACGGUGGCGAACACCGGGUGAUGGCUGAUCGAGUAGAGGCUGGAACCUAUCUUAUUGCGGCGGCUGCAACUCGUGGCUCGAUAAAACUUGUUGAUGUAGAGCCUGAUACCCUCGGUGCGGUGCUGGAAAAACUGCAGCAGGCAGGUGCGAGCCUGACAAUUGGCGAUAAUUGGAUUGAGCUGGAUAUGCAGGGUAAACGCCCGCUUGCGGUAGACAUCGAGACCACGCCUUAUCCUGGUUUUCCAACGGACAUGCAGGCACAGUUCAUGGCGCUGAAUGCUGUUGCGCAAGGGACGUCAGCGAUUCGAGAAAAUAUAUUUGAAAAUCGCUUCAUGCACGUGCAGGAAAUGAAUCGGCUUGGCGCUGACAUUGAACUGCACGGCCACUCGAUGGCUGUGGUUCAUGGCACCGAUAAGUUGCGCGCCGCGCCGGUCAUGGCGACGGAUUUGCGGGCGUCUUCCAGUUUAGUGAUUGCCGCUCUUGUGGCCGAAGGCACAACGAUCAUCGAUCGGAUUUAUCACAUCGAUCGUGGCUACGAAACCAUUGAAGAAAAACUACAGCAACUCGGCGGUAGUGUUCAGCGGGUCAGCUAA